GGUGACAAAAAAGUUUAAAAAACAUGAGUGAAAAUAGAGCGUACGGGUCGCAGCACGGAGCUGGAUACCUUCCAUCUCCUUCGAACGAGGAUACUGACGAUGCUGAUGAUGAUUAUCCACCGCCUCGUCCGCCCGAACCAAUGGAACAUCGUGCCAGAGUUUGUGCAGAGGAUGGUUGUUCCUUGUGUGUAAUUUGUGGUCGCCCAGUGGACCAAAACAUGGAAUGGAGUCACGCUCACAGCGUGGUCGAUUCUGAUGAAGAAGAAGACUUCAACGAAUUUCGUUAUAAUGAGCCUUCUGACAAUCCGCAGCCUGCGCCUCCUGUUGAGAUCAACCUUAGCAUAUCAGCUGGUGGAUCGCCCAUAACUAUAGGAAUUUCAGGUGGCCAGUUUACAUCCAAUCAAGGACCAAUUUCAUUCAAUGUGGGCAAUCGCAAUUCACCUAACGUCAUUGUACAGAUUCAGCCCAAUGGUACUACUGUUGUUCCAGAACAAGCACCACCCAACGCAAGUGGAGAGUUCGUGCCCCCCAAUUAUGAAAGCGUCUUGCGGUGCCCCAUCUGCUUUCGCUCUGCCAUCAAUCCUCGUGCCACUUCAUGUGGCCAUCUCUUCUGCGAACCCUGUCUGCGUCGUGCCCUCAGCACCCGUUGCAUUUGCCCCGUUUGCGGAGUUGCUCAGGAAUAUCACAAUACCCUACCAGUUUUUCCCUGAACAAUUAUCAAUAAAUUAUCUCGAGAAAGGUCAGGCUAAUAAAAUGUUGAGGAAAUGACAGGGCAGAGAGAACUUGCCAGAAGAUCGAAAUUGUGUAUUAAGCAUAUUAA